AUGGUGAUGGUAUUUAUCACUUCAGAGGUACAUGUUUACUUGAACAAUGUUUAUGAAUUUUCUACCAUGGAUAAAAAAGUUAUAGGUUAUGCACAUCAAACUUCUCUAAAUAAUUGUCAAGAUGUUGCUAAAGAUUCUGAAGUUUCCAUAAAGAUGAUAUUCAAAAAUACUUCACAAAUGCGUAAUGAAUAUUUGAAAAAUAAACAAGCACAAUGGAGAACCGAAAUAUAUAAAGGAGUUUUACCAAAUUGUCAAGUCUUACUUCUACUCAAUAUGCAGGCAAACCAAAGGAUUAUAGAUGGUGUAGCAACACAGUUAGAGGUGCCAUCGGAGCCGGUGAUAUCAAAUGUGGCAAAUUAUUCAGAUGUAGUUGUUCCCUUGGCAUUGGAUGUAGCUGUUCGGAGUGGAAAGAAGCAGCCAGGCCAUGUCAUUUCUUCUGCUAGAUUUGGAGCUGGCCUUACAUGGGCUUCUGCAAUAUUCAGAUGGGGAUCAAUGUUUUGGCUGAAUAGGGACACAAAUUGUAGUGAACCGGUUUGA